AAAUAAUGAAAUCGUCCAUAUUUGUUUCCCUGUCAGCGGUAAAUAAAUGGAAGCGACUUUUACACACUUCAGAGGUCUCAACGAUCAAUAAUCGAUUAACUUGACUUAAAGUUUCGCUCAAUCACAUCUCACGGAAAUAUGAUAACUUAAAGAGCGGGUUAUUUCAUCCCUACUGAGAUUGUGUAAAUUAUUUUCCCCAAAGGAAUAUUAAAAAGAACAGUUUUAGGCGCGUGUAUUGAGAAAUGUGUUUACAGGUGCACUGAUUUGUAAGUGAUAAUUAUGCUAAGUCCGCUGACAAGGGGAUAUGGCUCCUGGGACGGGGCACACUAUGAUCCUUAUUCCGACCAUGCUUCAGAGGAGAAGUUGCCAUUCAUAAAUGAACCAGAGCAUCACAGACAUGGAGUCACCAUUGGUCAUCUAUCAAGAUGUUCCACCUCCUUGUCAAUCAAAAGCAACAUCGCUCCCCCAGCCACACCCAUCAGCCGGUCAGAAAGACUCCAAAGGGAAACAACCCACAACCGAUUGUCAAGGGAAACAACUUCGGUUGAUCACAAGGUUGACCUACCCAAAACAUACCUUACUAAAAAGGGGGCACUGAUGUUAUUUACGGCUCCCAAGGAUGAUGAUGAAUCAGAUGAGGCAUACGUGGAUCCAAGAAUGGCUAAAAUACACAGAGAGAAGAAGUUAAUAGAUUCUUCGUUGAAGAUAAAGUCAUUGGAUAGACUGGCCAUGUCUAUUUUGCAAUAUGGAGAUGAAGAGGAGUAUGAUAAAGAAAAUGCUAGCAUCUCAGAUGAGAAAAGCAAGAUGUUCAUGAAAAUAUUAUCGCAAAUUGGAUCUCAAAACAAAUUCAGAUUUAGAUAAGCUAAGAUUUUUUUUAAACCAGGGAGUGAUCUCAACUUGUAUCUCAGGGAUCUCAAAUUCAGAGCUAGCUACAGAGCAAGCAUGAGUGGGGAUACUAAUAUACCUCGGAGCAGAGAAGCAAUGGAAUUGCGUGCAAUACUUCAGGGACUGCAAGACAACCGCUGGCCCAUUGUGUACAACUCGGAAUCGGGAAGCUUUGAAAAUCGCAGUAGUUUUGGGGACCAGUUUACCAGACCCUCCUCUCAGCAAUCUAACAGAACUCAAACUUCACUAGGUUCUGGAAGUACAACACCUCGUUCCAUUUUGUCAGCAAGUAAGCUGAGAGCCUCUCUCAAGUCUUACAAUACCUACAUGGGUCGCCCUGCCACAGAUGAUACAGUCAAGGAAAUUAGAGCCUCUCUACCAACAGUCACCAUUCGCCAUUCCUCAGCGCCUUCUAGUGGAUCAAGGUCUUCUGAUAUAUUUUCUCCUGCGAGAGGAAAACGUCGAAUCAAAUCCUCCAUUUCAGGAGGAAGUAUUGUGGAGGAGGAUGAGGGAGGUCUUCCUCUCUAUUAUGAUCCUUUAUCAGGUAUGGAAGGAUCCUCAAUAGCCUACACAGAUUCCACAGACCUUGGGCCGCACAUGUACACAUUUGAUCUGGCAUCAGGUGAAAGUUCACUCUUUGAUGUGGGAAGUCAAGGUGAUGGGUCAAAACCUGCAGGUGAUGGGAGUGUGGAUGUGAUUGAUGAACAUGAAUCUGAGUCAGAUGUAGAGGUGUUAGAUGUUCCUGGGCAAGGUAGCUCUAAUGUGGCUAGUGUACCUGAAAGUAGUUCUAACCAAAUACAGGUGGUGGUGGAAGAUCAUGAAACUAACACAAAAGAUUACUCUGCACAAUAUGAUUUUGAUGUAGAUUCUGUUAAGGGUGGUGGUGAUGGAAUCCCAAGUAUUAUAAUUGGUGAUGGUGUGUCUACCAAUAGUCUUGCUGAUAUGAGUAGUGCAGUAAGCUCCCAACCUGAUCCUAUUAGCGAAACUGACAAAUUUGAUACUGAGACCUGCACAACUAUCAGUGAAGAGCUGAUAGAACCCCCAGUGGUCAAUAAAGUAGAUAUAAAAACUAUUGCAGGAGUAAUUCCAGAGGAAGAGAGUGUUGAUUUGGGUUAUAGUGGUGAGGGUGUGCACAUUCCACAGGGUAAUGAUGAAGUGGAUGAUGGUGAGCUUGAUUGGGAAGAAAAGGGUGAAGAGGCAGCUAGCACUGAAGUGGACUUGGCACGAUAUGGAGUUAUAGGUGAUGAAGAUAAUGGUGAAGGUGAUGAGAUAGAAGAAAGCACAGAUGCAAUAAAAAUUUCACCAAAACCAGAAACUUUACAAGAAAAAUCUGCUGCACGUACACCAUCUCCCAUAAAACCUACUUCAGUAUCUCCUAAACAGGGAUCAGUGUCCCCUCAAAGAAGGGCUUCUUUAGCAAAACCAGGGUCUAGGGCAUCUUUAAAGUCCCCAUCUCCUCAUCUUCAAAAAUCUCCAAUCCCUUCGAAGAGAAAGUCCUCAAUUUCACAAGGCAGUAAGAAUUCCCCCUCCCCUGCUCAAACACCUGAUCAUAAUGCAUCUUCCACUGUUGAGCUUGCAAAACCAUGCCCCUCACCUGAAAUUCUAGGGAAAAAUACUCCCCCCUCUGUUACAAUCACAAAAAAGCAAUCGCAGACUCCAAGCAAUCUCCUCUCUGACAAGGCUCAAGAAGAGCCACCCGCAACAACUAGUCAACCCGCAGACAAAUUACCCCAACCUCUUUCUGAAAACAAACAAUCAAAGGACAUGGUGGACAAAACGUCCACAAAGUCUGAUGAUGCUCUUCCAAUUGCACCAACCACUAGUCCAAUUCAUAGGGAAAUGGAUGCACUUGUUGCACAACCGGCGCAAGCUAUGGAAAAGGGAGCACCUUCACAAGAGACUGGCAAGACAGAUAUGAAAUCAGAGGAAGAACCUACGAAAGAGGAGGAGGAGGUAUCACCUGAAAUAUCAGCUGAAUCUGAUGAUGAUAAACGCAAGAGGAAGCCACUGGAAUCCAAUGAUGUCAAGAAAGAAUCGGAAGAAAUCGGUGGCACAAAAGAGAAAGAGGCAGAACCGGCAGCCCCUACAAGACUUAUUGACCAAAUGCCUGUUAUUCCUGACUAUUUGAAACCGAAGCCCCAGAAAACGCCAAAGAUGAAAGAGAAAAAGACCAAGAAGCAGACUCCAACAAAGACAAAGAAGGAUGUGACGAAGGCCAUAUCUGUGUCCUCAGUGCAGCCAGAUUCUCAGAGUGCAGAAAAGGCUGCUCCUAAAGUAUGGGAACAUGAGAAAGUUGAGAUUCCACCCGAGAAAGAGGAACUGGUCAUCCCAGAACACAUGAAGGAAGCCUUUGACAGAGACACAGAGCAGUCCAAGACAGCGCUGGAGGAACAAAUGAAACAAAUGGCGAAUGUCGUGGACGGUACCUUUAAAACUACCAUAGAUGCAGAGUUAUUAGAAGUUGGUCUCACAGAGGAGGAAUUACUGGAAGCAAAGAUGGAAGUGGAGGAAAAGCUUACAGUUGCACAAGCAAGGAUAGAGGAAAUGGAGAAAUCGGGACCAGGCGAAUCAGAGGAAGCAAAGAAAGAACAAAGAGAAAAGGCUGUGAAAUUAAAAGAAGGGAAAGGCAAGAAAAAGGGGGGCAAAGGUAGCAAAUCUACUCCAAGAGACCAAGCAGCUAAGGGACAAGCUAAAAAUGAAAAAGAUUUAGAAAAACAGAAAGUACUCAAAAAAGAGCAAAAGAGAGCAGAAGAGAAGAGAAAAUUAGAAGAAAAACGUAAGUUACAGGAGCAAAUAGAUGAAAGACAGGAACUUGUAGAAGAACACGAACAGAGAACUCGAGAUAAAGAAUUGGAACUCAAGUUAGAAAUGGAUCGUUUAAUGAGGGAAGAGCUAGAAAUGCAGGAAGCAGUAGACGAAGUCCAUAAAUAUCUGGAAGAAUCCAGAAAACGACAACGGGAUGAAAGGGAUCAGAGGAGAAAGGCAGAUCAAGAAAAAAGGCGGGAACAGGCGCGGGAAAAAUUCGAACAGGAAAAGAAGAAGAGAGAGGAAGCCAGCAGAAAGGUGAUGGAGGAACUGGAUAGGAUCCACGACAUGGAGAUGAGGAAGCAGAAGAAACUGGAGGAAGAGAUGAGAAGGGAAGAGGAAGAGAGGCUGGCCAUUGAACAAGCAGAGGAAGAGGAAAAUGAAAGAGUGAAAGCUGCAGAAGAACAAGAACGAAGAUUAAGGGAAAUUGAAGUACAGAUGGAAGAAGAGGAAAUGCAGCGGUUGUAUGUACAAGAACAAGAAAUCAGUAGGCAAAGAAUAUUACUGGAAAUGGAGCGACAAAAAAUGGCAGAGGAAGAGGAACUGAAAAGACAAGAGCUGUUGGCAGAACAGAUGAAGUAUGAGGAGAUUAAACGUAAACAGGAAGAAGAGGAACAAAGGGUGUUAGAGGAACAAAGAAGAAGAUUAUUGGAGUUAAAAGAAAUGGAGGAAGCAGCAAAGAUAAAAAUGCAGCAAGACCUGGAAGAGAGGAGAACCAAAGCCUUAGCCAGAAGAGACGAGAAUUUGGAAAACAAGGCCAACAUGGACAAACUGAAGCAGUCCCAGGGCAUCACCAAGGCUUGGGUCUUCUCCUACUUUGUACGCUGGCCAUUAGAAUCCUACAUGGUACCUAUUGGUGGAGAUGAAACAAAGAAGAAAGGAUUCAGACCAAAAUCUAAUAGACCUAAAACUGCAAAAUGAUUGUUAUUUUUUGUAUCUUAAAUUGGAAUAAAUGACAAAUAAUCAGUGCAUCUUCAAACAUUGAUUACAAUUUUUCUUUAUGUUUUAAAAUUGAAUUAUGUUCAUGUCUCAGAAUUUAAGCAAUCAAUGAAAUUGUAAAUAAAUUCUAUAUUUACUAAUUUAUAAUUCAGCUGUAUUUGAUGAAAAUGAAAACAGGGUCAUGCAUGCACAUAUUUUAUGUAAGGUCAUAUUUUGCAAUUGCAUAAUUUUGAUGCUUGGAAUAAUUUAUAUAUUUAUUUUUUUUGAAUACAAUCUAUAUAAG